AUGGAGAAAUGUUAUAAACUAAUUGAACGACAAAUGUAUGCUGAAGCCUUGGCAUCUUUAACGUAGAUAUUAAAAAGAGAGAUUGAAAAUCCUUAAUUGGAAACAAUUUAUUUGAUUUAGCAUAUUCUAAGCCAAAGUUAAAGAUAUAAGAAUUUGCAAAUCAAAAUUUUAGAAAUCGUAAAACAAGAUGAGAACGAAGAAGAAGUAGAUGACGAUAAAUAUUUCAAUCUAGUGCUGGAUUUAAUUAACCUUUAUAUAGAUUAAAAUAAUAUCUAACAAGCAAAAAAUUGGUCAAAACAAUUGAAAAAAUAUGUACAAGGCAUCUAAUAUAAUGAAUCUUUGUUGUAUCUGGUUGAAAAUCUAGAUAGCAUGCUUUAAUCCAAGUAAAAAAAUAUUGAUUUGAAAGAACAACUUCAAACAUAUGAAGAAUUGUCUGAAUUGGAGAGAAAGACUAAAUAUUUUGAAUAGGAUGGUAUGCCUGCCUACUUGAUACCAACUAGAUGGUUCAAUAAGUGGAAAAGUUAUGUAACUGACACAGCCUUAGAAUUGCCUAAUGAAAAUUUGAAUAUCGAGAAAGAAAUAGAGGUCUUAGAGAACAUAUUUAAUGUUUCAAACGAUCUUGACAUUGAAGAAUAAAUUACUGCUCCAGGUCCGAUCAAUGGAUUUUAAUUGAUUUAGGCUCAGUCUACUCUUGAAUUGGAUCCCUUUGGUCCAAAGUCAUAUACGAAUUAUAUUUUAAAAGAAAAUAUAAGAGAAGGAGCGGAUUUUAUAUUGGUUGGACACAAAAUAUUAGAAUAUUUCAAGAAUAUUUAUGGUGGAUUUGAGAUCAAAAGAUUAAUAGUGGAACAUAGCCAAACACAUUAAAAAUAUGUUGAUUUAGUACCAAGGAUGAUACAAUAUAUCAUAUUACCAAACGAGGAGAAACAUAGAAUUAGAUUAAUAACUGCAAAUAGUAGUGAUUUAAUUUUAGAUUUGUGUAAGAAAGUGAAUAGAAUAUUGAAGUUGAAUAAUGAGGUGAGAUGGUGGAAAUUUAAUGAUUCUUAGAGUCAACAGGACUUUAUAAAGAACCUAUAAAGAAGAGAACUAUAUAAAUAGAUAUCUGCAAAGGUCCUAGAAAAGACCACAAUGAUCGAUGAAAUUAAUUUCUCAAGUUCAGAUUUAUUUAUUUGUGAAAUUAAAUAUGGUAGGGAUUGGUAGAUGAGUGAAAUUGAUACAAAGUCGAUGUCUUCUUUCAAAAGUAAAAUUAAUAUAUCUGAUGUUCCUAAAAUCAUAAAUGAUUCUCGUAAAGGUGUGACAGGUCUAUAAAAUCUAGGCAACACUUGUUUUAUGAAUGCUGCCUUAUAGUGUUUAAGUAAUACUUACGAAUUAACUGAAUACAUGGUUAGCAACGAAUUCUUUUAGCAUUUGAAUUGUGAUAAUCCUUUGGGAACUAAAGGAGCCUUGGCAACUGCCUAUGCUGAAUUGAUGAAGAUAAUGUGGUAUGGAAAUAACUCAGCAGUUAGUGCUUACGAUUUAAAAAGAGUGAUUGGUAAGUUUGCUCCUCAAUUCUAUGGGUAUGGCUAAUAGGAUUCACACGAAUUCUUAUCAUAUUUAUUAGAUGGUUUACAUGAGGAUUUAAAUAAGGUUCUCGUUAAACCCUUUGUGAAAGAAGUUGAAAUAACAGAUGAAACUGAUUUUGAAGCCUCUCGAAUAUUUUGGAAUAAUUAUAUUCUUAGGAAUUAAAGUAAGAUUCAAUAAUUGAUGGUUGGUCAAUAUAAGUCAACUCUAGUUUGUCCAAAUUGUCAUAGAGUUUCAAAAACUUUUGAUCCCUAUAUGAGUCUUUCGCUUCCAAUCCCAUCAUACACAUUAAUACAAUUAUCCAUGUAUUUUAUAUAUCAGAAUGGGAAGAUACCUUUAAAAAUAUAACUUAAUCUUACAAGUGAUCAAGAUGCCAAUUACAUUGGAUAGGAAUUGUAGAAAUCUUUAAAUAUUGAAUAAGAAUAGAUGAAUUUUAUUUUAUUAAAAGAUCAUUUGAUAAGGGAGAGAGUUAAAAGAAAAUAGAAUGUAAAAUGGAUUCAAGAACAUGAAGGACAAUUGUUUAUAUAUUAAGUCGAAAAAGAAUUUCAUUAAUUAUCAGAUGAUCAAGUUCAUGUUGAUUUCUUUUAUUGUAACAAGACGGAUCGAUCGAAUGUUAAUGAAUAGAUCAUAUCUUACCCAAGACAAUUUGUAUUAGCGAAACAGAAAAACAUAAUUGAUAUUUACUUUAAAAUUUAUCAGCAAUUCAAACCCCACCUUAUAUUGGUUAUCUAAGAACUUGCCGAUUCAUUACUAAAUGAAGGUGUGAAUAUUGAAGAGUAUUGCCAGAGUGUUCCUGAGACUUUAGAAGAAUUCAUUGAAGAGAUGAAGCAAUUCAAAGUUGAACUAUACAAAUUGGUACAUAAUGGUAAGACAUUGGAAUACUUGAAUUAAGAUACGAUUGAAAACUUUAAAUAAAAAUCACUCUCUAUUCAUGUGUUUUUGAAUCCUCUUUUUGGAAAAUCAGGAUUACAUAAUCUGAAAUUCCAGAGAUGCAAAGAUUUCAACAAUGAACAAAAUCGAUAAUUAAGAAAAGGGGAAUAUACUUUGGAAGAUUGUUUACGAUCAUUUGCAAAGGAAGAAGUCUUAGGUAAGGGGGAUGAAUGGUAUUGCAAUAGAUGUAAACAACAUGUCUAAGCCACUAAAUAGAUGGAAAUUUAUAGAGCUCCAUAAUUGUUGAUUAUUCAUCUCAAAAGAUUUAGGUCUGGCAAUAAUAGGAUAAGUAGUUAUGGAGGCUUCUUUUAUUCUGGUGGUUCUCAAAAAAUAACAACGAUGGUUCAUUUUCCUAAAAAACUGAAUCUGAACCCCUUUGUGCUUUCAAAAGUCAAUGACAGUGAUCCUAUAGACUAUAAUUAUGAAUUGUAUGGAGUGGACAAUCAUUUUGGUGGAUUAGGAGGUGGACAUUACACUGCCUGUGCUUAUAAUCAAUUAAUAAACAAGUGGGUUGAUUAUAAUGAUUCAAGUGCAAGACUCACAUCAGCAGAGGUGGAAAGUGAGGCUGCUUAUGUGUUAUUUUAUAGAAGAAUAGACUCUCAAAAAUGUAGUUUAGGAAGAUGA